GGUGAAUAGCAAAUUAGCUGAUAAAAAAAUUGAACCUAUUACGGAUUUAACUCAAGCAAUGUCCGAUGGUGUUCGUCUCAUUCAACUUUUGGAAAUUAUUGGAGAUUAUUCAUUUAGCAAAUAUAAUAAGAAUCCAAAGUUACGAAUUCAAAAAGUUGAAAAUGUUAACAAAGCCUUAGAAUUUAUUAAACAUCGAGGUGUACCUCUCACAAAUAUUGGUGCUGAAGAUAUUGUUGAUGCCAGUCUUAAACUUAUUCUUGGUAUGAUAUGGACUAUUAUAUUAAGGUUCACAAUUGCUGAUAUUAGCCAAGAAGGACUUACAGCGAAGGAAGGUCUUUUACUUUGGUGUCAAAGAAAGACUGCACCUUAUGCUGAGGUCAAUGUUCGUGACUUUACUUAUAG